UUCGAUGAAAUAUGAGCACCAUGAAUCAAACUAACUCACGUCUCAAUAUGGAUGAUGGAGAAGAAAUCGUUAUCUCUGGUAUUGCUGGUCGAUUUCCUGACACAAACAAUUUAAAAGAGUUUCAAGAAAAUCUUUCGAACAAGGUGGAUCUUGGUUCGAGUAAUCAUGGACGGUGGAAUAAUUGUUAUAAUAUGUGUCAUCGAAUCGGUAAACUUAACAACUUAGAAAAGUUUGAUUCGGAAUUCUUCAACAUACCUGCUGCAGAAGCUCACAUGAUGGACCCUUCGGCCAGAAUGUUCCUUGAGCAUACUUAUGAAGCAAUUAUUGAUGCCGGUGUUAAUCCUAAAGAAUUACGGGGAACAAGAACAAGUGUUUUGACAGGAAUCUGUGUGUCUGAUACGGAAAAUUAUUUUAUUUAUAGAAAACCUCAGUUUGCUGGUUUAGCCUAUGUUGGAUGUAGCAAGGCCAUUAUGUCGAGUAGAAUUGCUUACUGGCUCGGUGUUACUGGACCAUCGUAUAAUAUUGAUACUGCAUGUAGUUCGAGCCACUACGCUAUAUGCGAGGCUUACAACUUGAUUCGAUCUGGACAUUGCGACGCGGCUAUUGUUGGUGGUACCAACCAAGGUCAUCUUUAUAGAGGAUACACGAUAACUGGGUCUAAAAAACCUCAUACAAUUGGUAAAUUGGAACAAUCGAAUAAGAAAAAGCCAAUUUGUUUUAUAUUUUCUGGAUUAGGCUCUCGAUGGUUCGGAAUGGGUCGAGUUCUAAUGAAAUUCUCAGUGUUUGCCAAGACAGUCCAGAAAUGUGAUACCGUUUUGAAACCUUACGAUAUAGACCUCACAGAUAUUUUAACAAAUAGAACAAAUACUUUGGGCAAUAUUGUUAAUUUAUUUUUAGGCCUCGUUGGACUACAGAUCGGAAUGGUUGAUCUUUUGACAUCCAUUGGUAUCACCCCUGACUUUAUAAUUGGUCAUUCUAUUGGAGAAUUGAUUUGUGGAUACGCUGACGGAUAUUUGACCGCCGAAGAAACGAUUUUAUCGGCAUAUUUCAUCAGUUUAGCACUUGCUGUAGCUACACCUAUAUCUCGCCGACAAAAAGCAGUUAAUACUAUUCUUGAAGAAUACAAAUUUGUUGCUCAUCGUGAUUUUGGAAUUAUGUUGGUACCAGACGUAAUAAGGAUGUCGAUGCACAUAGCACUCGAAUGUUACAAUAUGUUAAAUGUAAAAGUUGUCGAAUUUGUGGAGGAUAAUGACCAAGUAACAUUAGAAGAUUUGAAUUUUUCCCUUAUUAAUGAAAUCUUGAAUGAUUUACCGCAAAUUCGACACAAUACUAGAUUAGUAAUAACCCAUGGAAAGUUUCCAAAUAUCUCUUUGCCUAAUAACGUUUCUACAACAGAGAUUACUAAACUAUCCAAAGAUGAAAACUGUUUGAUGGUCGUGGGUUUUGGUAUUUUGACCAAAAAUAACAAAAAAUUAUAUAAUAUGCUAUUAUCUAUCUUAAUGCCGCAAGGUUUUAUAUUGACUUUGGAGGAGUUUGGCACAGUUCACGAUUAUUCAUGUCUGAAGCAAUACGGAUUAGAAGUCAUUUUAGAAAAACAAACCAAUAAAAAGAUGGUUAUAUUACUAAGAAAAAUGCAAUAUAUCGUGAGAAGCCGACCGAUGCACGUUGUACACGUGAGCAAUUACGAGUUUUCAUGGAUAGACGAACUAAAAUCAAUUAUGAAUAUGCAAAAUGAAACUAAUGUAGAUAUGAGGAUAAUUCUCGUUGCAAAAGAUUUCGAAUGCGGGCUACUCGGUCUUAUUAAUUGUUUGCGAAAGGAGCCGGGUGGCGAAAUAAUUAGCGGUGUAUUUAUCCACGAUAAGGAAGCACCUGUUUUCUCUUUACAAGAACAAUUGUACAUGAAGCAGUUACAGUUGGAUCUACCUAUCAAUGUUAUACAGUCGGGUAAUGUUUGGGGAUCCUAUAGGCAUUUUCCGUUACCAUCAUUGGAACCAAAACUUGUACAGAAUGCUUACGUUACACAGAAGGUGCGUGCAACAUGGUUGGUAAUAAUAAAAAUUCAUAAAGAAGAUGAACCCCUGGAUGCCCCUCUACUCGCACAUCCACGCUUUUAUUGUCUGGAACAUAAGUGUUAUAUUAUUUUGGGCGGAUUAGGUGGUUUUGGUUUAGAAUUAGCAAAUUGGUUAAUUCUUCGUGGUGCAAAAAAUUUAGUAUUGACCUCACGAACCGGGAUAAGAAAUGGUUACCAACAAUCAAGAGUAAAGUUGUGGCAAUCUGAUGGUGUGAAUAUACAGAUUGUUACAAUCGAUGAUACUUCAAAACAUGAGGAUUGUGAAUCUAUAUUAAAAUUAGCUGAAGCAAGAGCACCAGUCGACGCUAUAUUUAAUCUUGCAGUUGUGCUAAAAGAUUGCGUAUUUCAAAAUCAGUCACAACAAACAUUUGAGGAUUCGUUCAAGUCGAAAGCUUGGAUGACAAAAACAAUGGAUGAGUUGUCGAGGAUAAUCUGCCCACAACUUCAAUAUUUUGUUGUUUUCUCUUCCGUUUCAUGUGGAAGAGGAAACGCAGGUCAAACAAAUUAUGGGAUGGCUAACUCCAUAAUGGAGAGAAUCUGUGAAAAAAGGAUGAAAGAAGGAUUACACGGUUUAGCAAUACAAUGGGGUGCUAUUGGUGAUGUUGGACUUGUUGCAGAUAUGCAAGAAGACAAUAAAGAGCUUGUUAUUGGAGGUACAUUGCAACAACAAAUAUCCUCUUGUUUAGAAACAUUAGAGAUAUUUUUAUUACAAAAUCGACCUGUUGUAAGCAGCAUGGUUGUUGCUGAAAAAGCAAGUAUUGGCGGAUCAAUGAAUGUUUAUGAAACAGUUGCUCAUAUUAUGGUUAUAAAUCCUUAUACAUCGAGGUUAGUCCCUGUGUGUGAGAUACCGAAUUCAUUUUUUGAUUCAGACAUUGUUCCAGACGUUCUUGUAGAACUUACGACAAAGAAGGAAGUUAGAGGCAAUGUAUUUCUCUUACCAGGAGUCGAAGGAUGUUCAAGCAUAUAUAAAUCUAUAGCAUCAAGAAUUAAAUCUUCAGCAAUAUGUUUGCAACAUGGUACACUUAAUGUUCCUGAGCAAAGUCAUUCAAUAAUGAAGACAGCCACUUAUUUGCUCCCUCAUGUAUUGGAGAAAAUGAAAGAUCAAAAAGAAUUUCUGAUAGUAGGUCAUUCAUUCGGAUCUUUAAUUGCUAUCGAAUUAGCAAGAUUACUAGAAACUAAGAAUAUUUCAGGACGAUUGAUACUCAUAGAUGGAGCUCCUGACCAAAUAAAAUAUUGGGCUGAGCAAUAUUUCUAUCAUACUUCGCAAGAAGAAUUGCAAAAUAUUAUAUUGCUUAGUUUGAUGGACAUGUAUAGUGCACCUAACAAGGAAAUGCUGUCAUUAGAGUUGGACAAAUAUAAUACAUGGGAGGAG